AUGAUCUGUACGGAAAAUAUUAUCAAGAUGUCCAGGGCGUUCAAAGCCGUACUAUUACUCGCCAUCUUGGCCUGUAUCCAUGCUGAGGAUAAACAAUUACAAACUAGUAAUUCGACCGCGGUCGAAGAUAAAAAGUUAACUAAACGUGCAACAUGCAGCACAUGCUCCUACGAUGGACGUACGUAUUAUACAUAUGCCGAUGGAACGACAGUGGAGAGAUUAGUUUACCGGGAUCCAAUUUAUCAUACACAUUCACGUGCUGAUUUACGCGUUAAUGGCUGUCAUGGCAAUCCCUGUGGUGUCAAUGCCAUCUGUCAGGAGACAGCAGGCGGCCGUCCUGUUUGCUCCUGCCCACCCGGCUAUAGUGGCAACCCAUUGACUCAUUGCAAUCGUGGCGAAUGUUUGGACAACAUCGAUUGCCGCAGUGAUUUACAGUGUCAAAAUGGUCGUUGUGUUAAUCCUUGUGUUGGUGCAUGCGGAUCGAAUGCCAAUUGUGAGCCCAGAAAUCACGUUGCCGUAUGCAGUUGCCCACCAGGCUUCAAUGGUGAUCCAUUUGUUUCCUGUCGUCAAUCUGAUCCUGAGGAACAAUGCCAUCCCAGUCCCUGUGGUCAAAAUACAAAAUGUGAAAUUGUUAAUGGUGUACCCACCUGCUCCUGUUUGAAUGGUUACAUUGGUAAUCCCUUGAGCGGAUGUCGUCAUGAAUGUGAUCAUGAUGGUGAUUGUAGUUCACGUGAUAUGUGCAGUAACUUCAAGUGUGUUCCCGCUUGUACCCAGUGUGGUGUUGGAGCCACCUGCAGUUCAGUGAGUGGUCAUCGUGCUGUCUGUGAAUGUCCUAAGGGUUAUAUUGGUAGUCCAUAUACGGAAUGUCGUCCCGAAUGUUAUGGUGAUUCGGAUUGUCCAGCUAAUAAGCCAGCUUGUUUCUAUGGUAUUUGCAAGAAUACAUGUGAUGGCGCUUGCGGUAUUGGUGCCGACUGUAAUUUAAGAGGUUUGACUCCGGUGUGCAGUUGUCCACGUGACAUGACUGGUGAUCCUUUUGUUCGUUGUCGUCCAUUUACCAAGGCUGAUCUCUGUGAGCCCAAUCCAUGCGGCACCAAUGCCAUUUGUAUUCCUGGUCAUGACAAUACUGGACGUGAACGUCCUGUUUGUAAUUGCUUGCCUGGCUAUACUGGAAAUCCUUUGACCCAUUGUACAAGGGGUGAAUGUCUGAGCAACAACGAAUGUCCCGAUAACAAAGCCUGCAUUAAUUAUCAAUGUGUCAAUCCCUGCAUUGGCAAAUGCGGUUCCGGUGCUAUCUGUGAACCAAAAUCACAUUUAGCUGUUUGCAAGUGCCCACAUGGUUUCACUGGUGAUGCCUUAGUAUCCUGCCGCCAAUCCCGCACGCAACCCGUUGCCAAAUAUUACAGCGAUUCAACUGGCAGCUGUAAUACAUGCGGCAAAUAGACUUAAC